AUGCAGCGUGUGGAUUCUCGAAACGAUGAAAACGAAGGAGCGGGUCAGAAGGCCGGAGGCGGCUCCACAACUGCGGGCCCUUUCACCACAGAUGGACAGGACUCCUUCAAUUCUAGUAAUGGUUAUCAUGGUAGUUUGUUCGAAACGCCACAGUCUCUUCUCUCAUCUCCGCAGUAUGACAUGUUCUCAUUGCCGUUCCGAUCAUCUCAACAACGUUGCUCGCUCUGUCAGAAAGAUAUCCAAGGGCAACAUCGCCAGUUUCCUUGCUCACAUAAAAUCUGUGGCCACUGUUGCUCCUUGACGGAUAGUCGGAAGUGUCUAAUCUGCUAUGCAAGUGCAGGGACCAACCCAUUUCCACCUUACAUGUUCUUGUCACCACCGCACACCGAUCACUCAAACGAACUUCUCGACUCUUCGUUGUCACUGCACAAUCAGUCCAUUGCAUCGUAUCAAAAUGGGCUGACCGACAGUUUACAUGGUGUAAGCCUUGGCCUAAGUGAACUGUCUGGUCAUUUGGAGUCGUUUAACUUGUGGGAUAAUCGUACCAAAAUUCCAACAACACCUCGCAGUUCCGUUUCGCAAGGCAUUGUUCUUCCGGAGACACCGGUACGAUCUGAAGAAGAUCAUACGUCAGUGUUUUCUCCGAACUCUCAACUGGUCACAACUCCUACGAGCAGAGCGUUCUGUGCGAAUUGCCGUGAACUGCUUUGCGGCGUGUGUGUGGUCGCUCACCAAAGAGUUCGCGUCACACGCGAUCAUGUCGUCAUAUCUCUACAGCAGCUUCUCAAUCACAUGACUGCAAAUGCGUUCGGCACAGGAGAGGAUGGUGUCCUUGGCGGAUCGUCGGAUUCUUCGCCAAGGCCGUCUUCAGUUUGUUCCACGCAUGACGCUAAAGUGUUCUGCUCGUGUGAGACUUGUGGUAGGGUGACACUGUGUGCUCACUGUAUAUCACGUCAUUCAGCGCAUCACAUCGUUCCUUUAGGCGAUGUGAGAGCGUGUGUGGUUUCGAUGCUUGCGGAAUCGCGUCGUAACGAACGCAGUAUUGAGGAGGCUGUGGAAAGCGUGCGCACGAUGUCUGAACGGGUCGACGCUAGUGUACAGGCAGCUGCAUCGGAACUACGGUCGCUUAUACACCUACAUAUGAGUGCUUUGGAGGAGAGGAAGAGAGAAUUGUUGCAGAGAGUGGAUACUAUCAGACAAUCCAAAACAAAAAAUUUGAAAGCUCAAGCAGAAAAUUUGAAUGCAGCGAAAGCAAAGUUUGCGCAGACUAUCAAGUCGGUGGAGGCAAUCACUUCUGAAGAUGAUAACUCUCAACUCGCAAACGCUUUCCAAGACCUACUGCAGCCUAUCCAUCUGAUUCCGCACGAGAAUGAUGCUGUUAAGUUCACCGUUCCUGACAACCAGCUUCUCUCACAAAUUCGAACUCUGGGUGAACUCGAAAGUGGGCCAUGUGCUCGUCAGUGCCAUUUGGUUGGCGAAGGAUAUAAAAGACCCAUCCGCGAGCGCCAAUGCAUCGUUUAUGUGCAACUACGUGAUGCAUGCGGUGAGGUAGUGCCGACCGACCGAGCUGAUGGUGGCGUUCGAGAUAUUACCGCAACAGUGAUCGCACCUGAUGGGCGCAGUCUUGAAGUUCACAUUGGGCGCAGCGAAAGUGACCCAGGCGUGAUUGGCAUCGCUUAUUACCCAGUACUUGAUGGUCAGCAUCAACUAGACAUCCGGAUUCGUGGAGUAUCUAUAAGCGGUUGUCCAGCUGUAGUAGACGUACGCCAUGGACGUAAUUAUGCUGAAAUUGCUGCUCAAGGAGAAUUGUUCUCAUUUGGAAAGGAAGGAUCCGCAGAUGGCGAACUCUGUCGUCCGUGGGGAAUUUGCGUUGAUUUGCGUGGUCGAGUGCUUGUAGCAGAUCGAAGCAAUAACCGUAUCCAGAUUUUCGAUCGAGAUGGUGGUUUUCUUGCCAAAUUCGGUUGUGGUGGAACUCGUUCAGGACAAUUCGAUCGCCCAGCUGGUGUCACUGUCAAUACAAGGAAAAACAACAUAGAAUGCACAGGUGUUUAUGAGAACGGUAACUUUCUGUUGAAGUUUGGAGAGAGGGGAAGGCCCAUUGGGAUGUUCAACUAUCCGUGGGGAGUGGCAACAAACAGUCAGAAUCACAUUGCUGUUUCUGACACACGAAAUCACAGAGUUCAGGUGUUUAAUGAAAAUGGUCAGUUUAUACGGAAGUGUGGGUUUGACACGGCAUUCUUUUACAAGCAUUUGGAUUCUCCUCGUGGCGUGUGUUAUCUUUCCGACGGCCAACUCCUCAUUACUGAUUUUAACAAUCAUCGGUUGGCUGUGUUAUCCUCUCGUGACACACCAGAAAUGAAGGUGUAUGGUACCGAAGGUAGUGUUGAAGGAAUGUUCUGUCGCCCGCAAGGAGUGAAAGUGGAUCCGGAAGGACACAUCCUCAUAUGUGAUUCGAGAAAUAAUCGCGUUCAGGUAUUUUCUGGGGACGACAUGCGCUGCAUCGCAGUAUUUGGGCAGACGUCCGCAUCAAGCGGUUUCGAAAUGCCUGCUGAGCUACCAGCUCCGUUCCGAUCUGUCGGACCUGCUCCCUACCACGCUUCCACCACACCCACGAGUGGCGUCGCUCUCGACACUCCAGCAACUGGACCUCGUCCUCUACUGGAUCGCCCUACUGAUGUAGCCAUCGCUCCUGAUGGUCGUAUAUAUGUGGUUGACUUCGGCAACAAUUGCAUUCGCGUCUUCUGA